AUGUCAAGAAAACGCUUAGACGUCACAACAAUCCCGGAUGUGGCGCAUGUGGCUGCGGUGGCUGGAACCUGGGAUUACCUCAUCCACGACAACUGUCUCCGAACUGGUAAUUCUUGGUUCGUACUUCAAGCACCUCCCUGCGGCAAACCAUCACCAGACGCGCCACCAACAAUGCUUUCAUUUUCUCUUCAAUCGCUGCUAAUAGCAAGUGCAGCCCUGAUAGGUUCGACAGCUGCGAUAGAUGCUCAACUGGUCGGGACGUGGUCGACGAAAUCUGCGAAGGUUAUUACGGGUCCGGGCUUCUAUAAUCCUGUGAACGAUAGCUUCAUCGAACCUAGCCAUACAGGCAUCUCAUACUCGUUCACGGCCGACGGGUUCUAUGAGGAGGCAUAUUUCAGAGCCGUUUCCAACCCUACCAAUCCAAAAUGCCCCCUGGGAGUAAUGCAAUUUCAACAUGGAACUGUUAUCCAGAAUCCAGAUAACUCCUUAUCACUUACCCCUUUCGCGGUAGAUGGGCGACAACUUCAGUCAGACCCAUGUGCAUCGACUAGUCACGCAACAUACACCCGUUACAACCAGUCAGAAUCUAUGCAAAAAUGGCAAGUCUACGUCGAUCCAUACACGAAAUUGACACGCCUCGACCUCUACCAAUUUGAUGGCACUCCAAUGAACCCCAUGUUUCUUGCAUACACCCCACCAGUCAUGCUCCCAACAGUAACCAUGAAUCCUACGCAGGCGGCUGCCACGAGCGGUGGAAAGGCGAAGAGAAGCGCGAGCCCGGAGGAGAUGGCUAUUCCGCUGAACGUAAAUGCUGAGCACAUCAAGAGAAGAAUCGAGAAACCGUCAUUCGUUGACCGUGUCGAUCUCAAUGUACUCUGGUGGGCUAGUGUAGGAAUGGUUAUUUUCGGAGGCACAGCAUACCUGUUAUAA